CCCCCCCCCUCUCCCUCCUCCUCCCCUUUUCUUUUUACAUGAAACCAUGUUAAGACAGUGUUGUCAUCUCCAACUUAAAAACAAGAUCAACAGAACUCUAUUGCCUAGACUUCGCUUUUCCUCUACAAAAGUAGACACUGAUAUCCACCGUAUUCCACCCCAACUCAACCUUCAAUAUUAUGCCAAUAACACAGAGACUAUAGCCAAUAACAUGAAGCUUCGAAACUAUGAGCCUGAAUCGGCUUUCCUCUUCAAAGAGCUUUACCAACAACAUCUGGAACUCAAACAAACUUCUGAAACGCUUAGAGAAGCACGCGAUCAAGUCAAUGCGCAGAUCAGAGAAGCAUCCACAAAAGCAGAGCGAGAUCAACACAUCAGUAAAGCCAAAGCAUGGAAAGAUCAGAUCCGUCAAGUAGAAGAAAAACUAGUGUCUGUAGAAGAAGCCAUGACAGCACAAGCUCUGCUAAUUCCAAACGAUACACAUGCGGAUACACCCUUAGGCCCUGAGACAAACGCUAAGAUCAUCAAGACAGUAGGUGAGCCACGCAUGUCAACGCUCCAAACGCCUUUGAUGGACCAUGUUGACAUUGCAGAAAAACUCGACAUGAUCGACUUUGAACAAGCUGCUUUAGUGACUGGUAGCAAAUUUUACUACUUGAAAAACUACGGUGCAUGGCUUGAAUUUGCCUUGAUCCAGUACGCUAUGCAUAAAGCCGCGUCCAAAGGAUUUACACCUGUGUUGGCACCUGAUAUGGUCCGUACUUCCAUUGCUUAUGGAUGUGGGUUCCAGCCACGCAAGAAAGAAGCCUCUCAGAUUUACAAUGUGACAACAGCCAGUACAACAAACACCACUGCACCUCCACUUUGCCUUGUAGGUACAGCCGAAAUUCCAUUAGCAGGCUUGUCAGCAAAGAAAAUGUUUAAAGAAGAUGAAUUGCCUAGACGCAUUGUGGGAUUCAGCCAUGCAUUCAGAGCAGAAGCAGGUCAUGGAUCAGCAGAAGAGCGUGGGUUGUAUCGUGUACACCAGUUUUCUAAAGUGGAGCUGUUUGCUGUCACUACACCUGAACAAAGUGAGGCCAUGAUGGAAGAAAUGCGCUCCUUACAAGAGGAGAUGUUUACCGAGUUGGGUCUCUGCUUUAGAAUUCUAGAUAUGCCUACAGAAGAAUUAGGAGCUAGUGCUUAUAGAAAAUAUGACAUGGAAGCUUGGAUGCCAGGAAAGAAUGGUUGGGGAGAGGUAACAGGAUAAUUAGUCCCAGUCAUGUUUCUCAUUCAAUUAGAUUUCUUCUACUUCAAAUUGUACAGACUAUCAAACACGUCGAUUAGAUGUUCGAUAUUUGUCAAAAGGCUUUAAAGAAAACGUAGGUCCUAAAGAUACUCGCGUGCCUUGGCAUAUUAAAGAGAACUGGGUGAAUUACUGUCAUACACUCAAUGGCACUGCUAUGGCAGUACCUCGUACCAUCAUUGCUCUCUUGGAAACACACCAAACACCUGAUGGUACAGUCAAUUUGCCUUUACCUCUUCGUAAAUGGAUUCCUGGU